UCGGCUAAAGGGAGGUGGGGAGCGCCAGGCGACGGCACCCACCACGCUGCCAGCCUAGACCCUGGCCGGGGACCUGUUCCCUGUUCGCCACCCCCUCCGCCCGCUGCGAGUUAUGUGCGGGAGCUGCGGGUGGGGUCCCCUCCUAUGAGCUGUGCGCCCCAGCCCUCGGCCAGGGCGGGCCCCAUAGCCCGUCCCUGCGGUGCCCGGUGGGGGGCAGACCCCACCCCCGCCCGCGGUGCCCCGUUCCCAUAAGCCGCACCCCGCGCGGAGAAGGGCGCCAUCGCCGGCAUCAAAGCUGGGCAAUAUGCGGCCCCCCUGCCCGGGCUGGUGGCACCUGGGGGUGAGGGUGGCAGGUGUCCCGCGAGGGCUGUUGAGCAGCGGCGGCCCCUGGCGAGGGGCGAGGGGCGGCAGCUGGUCGCGCUCUGCCCUGUUCGUGACGGGCCCCUCCAGCAGCUGCGGGAGCCCGGCGGGCCCCGAGGCGGGCAAGAAGAGGGGCAAUAAGCCCCUCAAGGAGUGGACGCUGAUUGUCAGCCCGUUCGGCCAGCUGAAGGUGCGGCUGCCCUGCCACGUUACCGUGCGCCCCCUGGACCCGCUCCGCUACCCGGCCGCGGACAGAGCGCUGGUCACGGUCAGCGGGGUGGACAGCAGCCUGCCCCAGGGUGUGGACCUGGAUCGCCUGCAGGUGAAGUACGACGAGGCGCUGAAGGAGAUGACGAUUGUCUCCGACCACGUGGACAGCAAGGCCGCUGUUGUUGUGAAGACACCUAUGAAGUUUGAUUUGGAUAUCAAGACAUCAGGAACUGGCUGUGUGAAGAUUCAGAAAAUAGACUGUGAUAGCUGCAGAGUAGAAACUGAGAAGGGGACUAGCAUUUUACAGUCAAUAAAGAGUCAUAAAAUCCAUGUACGAACUAAAGGAGGCAAAGUGAUCUGUCUGGGAACUCUUCAUGGAAAUGCAGAUAUUCAUGCAGCAGAAAAAAGUAGUGUGAAUAUAGAGAAACUACAGGGGACAUCCAUCAAAAUUUCUACUGAAGAUGGUUUGUUGAAAACCAAAUAUCUUUAUGCAGAAUCUUCAUUUCUGUCUUCAACAGCUGGUGAUAUUCUAUUGGGAAGCAUUCAUGGUGACACAACCCUUCAGACUGAAACAGGGAACAUCACAGUAGAUUCCUCGGAUGGAUGUCUAAAAGCUUCUACACAUCAGGGGGCAAUAGAUGUUUAUGUUAGUCAAGUGAGAAAAGUGGAUCUGAAAAGCCAGAAAGGCUCUAUUACAGUCAAGGUACCUGCCUCUCUUAAAGCUUAUUUACAGUUAUCUGGAAGCAAGGUUGAUGUGAGCUCAGAGAUCCAGUUACAGGAAACCCAGUGUGCCCCUAAAGAGGGUCACAUAACUAUUACUGGUCAUAUGAAUCAAAUGAAUGAAAGAGACAAAUGCAUAAAGGCUGACACACAGGAUGGCACAGUGCAUCUUAAAAGCCAAAGCUGGUUCCAGUCCAUCAAGCUGCAGGUUCCUUGAGGAU